AUGUCCAGUCUACAUGCAGCUAUGGGGAUGGAAGAUGACGCCCAGGCCGCCGAGUCCGCGGUGGACAAGUCAUCUACCAAAGAAGAGGCCCUGAAAGCUGCUAUUCUAGCAACCGAGCUAUAUAUGAAGAUGAUUAAGCUUUCACACAGUGAUGAUGAGAAAGCAAGACUCCGCGGCAAGUGCAAGCAAUUACUUUCAAGGGCGGAAGAGAUUAAGCAGGCCAAAGAAUGGCCACCUGCUGCGAGCAAAGAAGUCUUGCUGAAAGCACCCGUCUCCGGGAGGGAAACAUCAAAGCGUGAGGAUAUUAUCCUGCUCGAGGGCUCGAAACUUCACGGGUUUAUAUUCCCACCUUGGACUUCGGAUCCGGAUGAUUCGGUCUUCGAUGAGGUGUCUGAUGGGACAUCUCUCUACACUGAUCCAAUGGAUUUAAAGCUUUCAGAUGCCCAAACAGAAAUUUUUGCUGGGUGGGGAAGACCACACGAAAGUCUUGGUCAAUCACCAAUAGCGGGAUCUCCUGUCCAGAGUGACGAGGCUCUAAUGGAUUCUGCCGCAGAGAUUGACCUGGUACAAGAUAUUACCACGGACUGUUCUGUUGUGGCCAGUCUCUGUGCUGGCACAGCGCGUGCAUUGAAAGGUCAUGGGCAGCUGCUCACCUCUAUUAUCUACCCGUUUGACAAAUCGAAGGGGCAGCCUCGCAUCUCGAAGAAUGGGAAGUAUAUCUUUCGUCUACACUUCAAUGGAUGCUACAGAAAAGUCACGAUUGAUGAUCGACUCCCCGCCUCAAAUACAUCACGUUGUCUCCAUGUAAUCGAUCGGAACAAUCCUAGAUUGCUAUGGCCACCAUUGCUUGAAAAGGCUUAUUUGAAGGUUCGAGGUGGAUACGACUUUCCAGGAUCCAAUUCUGGCACAGAUCUAUGGGUGCUAACAGGCUGGAUACCGGAACAAAUAUUCCUCCAAAGUGAUGACCUGCAGCAGGAAAUGCUUUGGAACCGUAUCCUCAAAUCUUUUGGCUAUGGCGAUGUGAUGUUAACUCUAGGGACGGGGAGAUUGGCUUAUAAGGAAGAGAAAGAACUUGGACUGGCAGGUGAGCAUGACUAUGCUAUAUUGGAUAUGAAAGAAGCCGGGACACAGCGACUGCUCCUUGUGAAAAACCCUUGGUGCGAUGGUAUGAUAUGGAAGGGGAAAGUCUUAGUUCCAGAACCGGAAUCUGAAGAACGAACGUGGACUCAAGACAUGAGAGAAGCACUAUCACCAAACCGGUUCGCUACAACCCCAGGAACUUUUUGGAUGACCCUUGAAGACAUCGUACAACACUUCGAAUCACUCUACUUAAACUGGAACCCUGGACUUUUUACAUAUCGUCAGGACCACCACUUCUCGUGGACAAUUCCUGCCAUGAAGAACCACGGCUCUUUCAUUCACAAUCCCCAAUACGCACUUAAAUCAUCCAAGACAGGAACUGUCUGGAUCCUACUCAGUCGUCACUUCGCCACCUCCGAACAUGACAUAGCACAGAACAUAUCCACCUCAUCAUCCGGGACCUCCAGCGCCCUCGGCUUCAUCAGCCUAUAUGUCUUCUCUUCUACCUCAGGGCAACGUGUAUAUCUCUCCGAUGAUGCCCUCCAUCGAGGCGCAUACGUCGACUCUCCCCAAACACUAGCUCGCCUCGAGGUCUCCGACUCAACAACAUACACCGUUGUCUGCGCACAGCAAGGCCUCCCACUACCAAAAUACUCGUUCACACUCGCCUUCUUCUCCCGCUGCCCUCUCGCCGUCACAACCGCCUCCUCGGGCCUUCCCCAUUUCACUAACCACACCGGAUCCUGGACAUCACGGACAGCAGGCGGAAACGCCAGCGCCGCCACCUACCCUCUAAAUCCCCAAUUCAGCAUCCUCGUCCCCGCGCCAACACCAGUAACACUCAUCCUCGAGACAUCCGACCCCGAGCUCGCCGUGCACGUCAAGAUAGUCUACUCCAACGGCGAGCGAGCAACAUCCAUCACCAGCAAAGACAUCCUCGUGUCCUCAGGCGACUACCGACGAGGAUGCGCUCUAGCCUCCCUCCCACUCGCCGACAAAGGCAAAUACACAAUAGUAUGCUCGACCUUCGAAGCAGGACAAACCGGAACCUUCACCCUCCGCGUCGGCUCCAGCAUCCCCUGUGAAGUACGUCCCAUCCUCGCAGAGACAGCAGGACGUCUGAGCACACAGCUUCCUAUGCUCAUCUUCCAAGACGGCGUGGACCGAAUGCUAGCCCCUCUCACAGUGCAGCGUCUCACCCGUCUACGGAUCGUAGCACGAUCAGGCCGCAUACCGCAUCAUCCAGCAAGUCGAUCGCGGCCGUUACUGAAAGUCUCGCUGGAGAACGGACAGGGGCCUAACAAGCUUAUUCUGGAUGCUUCAGGAAAUGACGGGUUUAGCGAUGCGCCGAUGGGCAUCCGGUCUGCGGAUCUGGAUGUCAGUCCGAGUAUGUGUAUGCAGGGCGGACUGUGGAUUGUGGUUGAGAGGCUGGGGGGACGGAAUGGGAUGGAUGAGGUCGAUUUGGAGGUUUUGAGUGAUGGAGCUGUGAGGGUGGGGUUAUGGGGUGUUGGGCAUGGAUAG